CGGGUGGUGCGGUCCGCCGUACGUGCCGGCCGCGCCGGGGCCGCGGGAGCCGCCAGCGCCAGACGGGCCGGAGCGGCGAGCAUCUGGAGGAGCUGGACCAUACAACCAAAACUCUUUGAACUGUCUCAAGGGAGACUUUCCCUGCUGCUCACCACCCUCCGUGCUGGAGCUCUCAGGCCCCACCAGCUGUUGUUUGCAGAGCCAUAGGUGCAAGUGCCUCUGAGUGCCAUGGGGGAGCCCAGCAUGGACCCAAGCAUUGCUGCUGACAGCCCUGCCCAGCAGGACUCUCUCUUCAGCAUGACAGACGUGUUCCUCAUCUCCCUCAUCACUGGGCUUCUCACCUACUGGUUCUUCUUCCGCAAGAAAAAGGAGGAGGUGCCUGAGCUCCCCAAGAUGCAGACAGUAGCAGCUCCAGUGAGAGACAGCAGCUUCAUUGAGAAGAUGAAGAAGACGGGCCGGAAUAUUGUGGUUUUCUAUGGCUCCCAGACGGGCACAGCAGAGGAGUUUGCCAAUCGCCUGGCCAAAGAUGCCCAUCGCUAUGGCCUCCGGGGCAUGGCAGCAGACCCAGAGGAGUAUGACCUGUCGGACCUGAGUCGCCUCUCUGAGAUUGACAAGUCCUUGGCAGUGUUCUGCAUGGCCACCUAUGGAGAGGGAGAUCCCACAGACAAUGCCCAGGAUUUCUAUGACUGGCUGCAGGAGGCUGAUGCCGACCUCUCGGGUCUCCGGUUUGCAGUCUUUGGGCUGGGGAACAAAACUUAUGAGCACUUCAAUGCCAUGGGGAAGUACGUGGACAAGAGGCUGGAGGAGCUUGGAGCACAGCGCAUCUUUGAGCUGGGGCUGGGAGAUGAUGAUGGCAACCUGGAAGAAGACUUCAUCACGUGGAGAGAGCAGUUCUGGCCAGCAGUGUGUGAGCACUUCGGGGUGGAGGCUACAGGAGAGGAGUCCAGCAUCCGUCAGUAUGAGCUGGUGGUGCACACAGAUGUGAACAUGAACAAAGUCUACACAGGGGAGAUGGGCAGGCUCAAGAGCUACGAGAACCAGAAGCCCCCAUUUGAUGCCAAGAACCCCUUCCUGGCUCAGGUCACAGAGAACCGCAAGCUGAAUGAGGGUGGAGAGCGACACUUGAUGCACCUGGAGCUGGAUAUCUCCAAUUCCAAAAUCAGGUAUGAGUCUGGGGACCACGUGGCUGUGUACCCAGCCAACGACUCCUCCCUGGUGAACCAGAUUGGUGAGAUCCUGGGCACGGACCUGGACACUGUCAUGUCCCUGAACAACUUGGAUGAGGAAUCCAACAAGAAGCAUCCCUUCCCCUGCCCUACAUCGUACAGGACAGCCCUGACCUACUACCUGGACAUCACCAACCCUCCCCGCACCAACGUGCUCUACGAGCUGGCCCAGUACGCGUCGGACAGCGGCGAGCAGGAGCGCCUGCGCAAGAUGGCCUCGUCUGCUGCUGAGGGCAAGGCGCUGUACCUCAGCUGGGUGGUGGAGGCCCGCAGGCCCAUGUACGUGCGCAAGUCGCAGUUCCGGCUGCCCUUCAAGCCCAGCACGCCCGUGAUCAUGAUCGGGCCGGGCACCGGCAUCGCCCCCUUCAUGGGCUUCAUCCAGGAGAGGGCCUGGCUCAAGCAGCAGGGCAAGGAGGUGGGUGAGACGGUGCUUUACUAUGGCUGCCGCCACGAGCGCGAGGACUACCUGUACCGGGAGGAGCUGGCCCGCUUCCAGAAGGAGGGAGUGCUCACCCAGCUCAACGUGGCCUUCUCCAGGGACCAGGCUGAGAAGGUUUAUGUCCAGCACUUACUGAAGAAGAACAAGGAGAACGUCUGGAAGCUGGUUAAUGAGGGCAUGGCUCACAUCUAUGUGUGCGGCGAUGCCCGGAACAUGGCCCGGGACGUGCAGAACACCUUCUACGAGAUCGUCUCCGAGUUUGGCAACAUGAGCCAGCCCCAGGCCGUGGACUAUGUAAAGAAACUGAUGACAAAGGGCCGCUACUCCCUGGAUGUGUGGAGCUAAGAGCUGGGCUGGCGGGGCCAGGGAGAGAACAGGUCCCCAGGUGUGGGCCAGGGGAGCUGGCAAGUGCCUGCUCACCCACUGCUGCUGUGGGUGACGGUGUUGUCCUCUGCCCACGGCUACCCCGGUGUCACUCCCAACCCUUCCUGGGCCUCUGCAUUCCCUCAGGGCAGGCUGGGCACCCAAGGGGGUGGAAAGGGUUGAGAAGGGCAGGGGGGUAGCUCAGGCUGCUGCCCAGGAGCUGCGGUGUCACCAGUGUCACCAGCACCUCAGGGUGCACCAGUGUUGGCCUUAAGGCCAGGGACAGCAGGCACACGGCCACGAGGGACAGACACAGCCAGGGAGCCCUUCCCUGGACACGAGGUGCUGCCUUAUCCCCGGGGCUGGAGCCCAGCCUGGCCUGCAGGGACAGCAGAGGGGUGGAGGGGCUGUGCUGGGGCUGGGGUCGCAGCUCUGCCUCUCUCCUGCCACCCCUGGCAUGUGGGGCUGGCAGUGGGCACAGAGCUGUCCCAUGGCCCCAGCAGCGUGUCCUGCUCCAUUCCUGCUGCUUGCCCUGGCUCCAGCAGCGGCGGGAAGCUCCUCCCCCUUUGGAAUACCGCCGGAUUGGAGGCGGGCUCUCAGCCCUUGGGGGCCCUGCCUGCUCCCCUGAGCCCAGCCCCUCCCUCACAUCAUGUACGGUCAUUUUUUAAAUACGGUUUUUAUUUUGAACAUCUUUGUGAUUUUAGCAUGGAAAAAAACAAACAAACAAACAAAAAACAACAGAAACCCCAGACUUCCAGGCUGUCCAAUGAUUGUAAAUUAUUUAAAUACAUUUACCCUUGGAAUAAAAAACC